AUGGUGGCUGAAAAGCCGUCCAUCUGCAAUGCUAUUGCCAAUGCCCUCUGUGCAGGGGCGGAAAUGAGUACGAGAGGACGCUCACCUCCAGUGCACGAAUUCCACGGGCGCUUCGAAGGACAAUCAGCACGUAUAAGGGUCACAUCCGUGACGGGGCACGUUUUCUCGACGGACUUCCCCGGACAGUACAGCAAUUGGGAGGCCGUGGACCCGGUCGACUUGUUCAAAGCCCCCACUCGGAAGGAGCCGACGAGCAAAUUCAUCACCCAUCACUUGGCAUCGGAGGGAAAAGGGGCAGAUAUCCUUGUGCUCUGGCUGGAUUGCGACAGAGAAGGCGAAAACAUCUGCUUUGAGGUCAUCGAGUGCAUGCAACCGGGGUUCAAGGCUCACACGCGCAUUCUGCGGGCACAUUUCUCAGCAAUCACGCCGAAAGACAUUCACCGUGCUUUACAGAAAUUAGGCGUGCCCAACAAAGAUGAAGCCCUCUCGGUGGAUGCGCGCCAAGAGCUAGAUUUGAAGGUCGGAGUCGCCUUCUCACGCUUCCAGACACGUUAUUUUCAGGGUAAAUAUGGGGAUCUGGACGCAACUUUGGUCUCGUACGGGCCUUGUCAGACGCCGACCUUGGGCUUCUGCGUCCAGCGGCAUGACGAGAUUCAAUCCUUCAGCCCGGAGAAGUUUUGGUACCUGGCAGCAGCGGUCGCGAAAGACGGGGCUAACGUAGCGCUUGAAUGGGGCCGCGGGCGUGUGUUUGACCACGAAGUGGCCCAUGUCUUCCUCCACCUCGUGGGGGAGGCGGGCUCUGUCGCUGUCGAUAAAGUUCAGAAGUCCGAGCAACGACGCACCAAACCCACCGCCCUCAACACGGUGGAACUCCUGAAAGAGGCCUCCAAAGUGCUGGGCAUGGGCCCUGCGCAGACAAUGUCCGUGGCAGAGCGACUCUAUCUCUCUGGUUAUCUGUCCUACCCACGGACCGAGUCCACCGCCUAUCCGGAGAGCUUCGACGUCCGCGGUGCGCUGAGCUUGCAGGUUUCCCACCCGACCUGGGGAGACUACGCCAAAGGGUUGCUCCAAGAAGGCGUGUCUCGGCCGCGCGCGGGCGUGGACGCGGGAGACCACCCGCCAAUCACGCCUGUACGGGCCUUGGAUCCCACGGAAUUUCCUGGGGACAUGGGACGGCUCUACGACCUGGUCACGCGCCAUUUCUUGGCAAGCUUGUCGCAUGACGCCCGCUUUCUCCAGACUAAAGUCCUCUUCUCCUCGGAAUGCGGGGAGUCCUUCAGUGCCUCCGGAAAGAUCAUGAUCGACCCUGGCUAUCUCGCUGUGCUCGCACAGUCUAAGGAUGAGAGCAAGCUGCCGGAUUUUCAAGAAGGGGACCAUUUUACAUUCUCCUCGUUGGGGCUUGGCGACGGCCACACGUCUCCACCGGGGUACUUGACCGAAAGCGAAUUGAUCGAGAGAAUGGAAAAGCAUGGCAUCGGAACAGACGCUUCGAUUUCCUCCCACAUCAACAACAUCGUGGAACGCAACUACGUGCACGUCGGUGAUGGUCGGACCCUGAUUCCCAACCCGCUCGGUGAUUGCGGCAACAUUCUAGGCAUUGUCCUCGUGCAUGGAUACCUUCGGAUCGACGCCGAUCUUGUCCUCCCUAAGGUGCGGGCACAAAUUGAGAGCGAAUGCACCCUCAUCGCCAAGGGGCAGGCGGAUAUGCAGAGCGUCGUGGACCAUUCUCUGCGGAACUUCGAAGCGAAAUUCCGCUAUUUCGCCGAGCACAUUGACCUGAUGGACUCCCUUUUCGAAGCGACUUUUAGCCCUCUGGCGGCGACAGGCAAGCCCUUGUCUAGAUGUGGAAAAUGCAGACGCUUUAUGAAGUACAUCCACCUGAAACCGCAACGCCUGUACUGUCCCAUUUGCAAUGAAACGUACGCCUUGCCUCAGAACGGCACUAUCAAAUUGUACAAGGAACUUAAAUGCCCGCUCGAUGAUUUUGAGCUACUCUUGUUUUCACUCGGAAAUGCUCAAGGUGCUCAGGGUAAAUCUUUUCCUCUUUGCCCGUACUGUUAUUCCCAUCCUCCUUUCGAAGGCCUCAGCAUUAUGGGCUGUGACUCUUGCAUGCAUCCUACCUGCAAGCACUCCCUCACACGAAACGGCGUCUGCCCUUGCCCCGGCGAGAGUGGAGCUGCCUGUCCUGGCACGUUAGUCUUAGACGUCAACUCUUACCCUAACUGGAAAAUGGCGUGCAAUCGCUGCAACAAUUUAGUGCUUUUCAAGGUGACAGGCGGAAACAUUCACAGUAUCAAGCCAGCCACGUCCCAAUACUGCGAGGUUUGUGGCUCCGCUGUACUAACGAUCGAGUAUCAAAAGGAUAAAAGCCCCUUAUCUGGUGAGGAGGGACGAUUUUGUGCGGGAGGGGAAACCAAGAUAGAAGGAUGUGUUCUGUGCCACGACAUUCUUAACACCUGCACCGAACUGGCCAAAGGCCGACACAAGCAUGUCGCCAUUGCCCGCAAAGACUUUGCCAAGCGCAAUCGAGGACGGGGGCGUGGACGCGGGCGAGGAAGGGGCCGCGGGGGGAAAGGGGGGGCCAAUCCUCUUAUGUCUUUCGAAGAUUUUUGA